AUGCCGACGAAUAUCCCGGGCCAACUUCGUCCGGCCUCGCAACCAACGCGAAAGGAGGCCGAGGUGCAAAAGAGAAGACUCCGCCUCCUCCCUCGCCCCAUCAGAACGCUCUCCUUCUCCUCCAAGAACACCUCUCCGUCCCCGACCACCCUGUCCUCGCCCGUUCAAGGGCCAACUCGCGCCUCCGCCUCUAGAACCCCUACGACCGCGCUCACCACUCCUCCCUCCCCUACUCCAUCCCCCUCGAAAUCACACCGGCCCGCCUCCUCCGCACGCAGAUACUUCCGCCCAUCCGCUCUAAAGAAGCUCUUCACCCCCAGCUCCUCCGCGACCACGCCACAGAAGGCGCAGCCACGGUCACACCCACAGUCGCAAAAGAAACACGGCCAAACCAAGAACCAAUCCCAGAUCCCGACGACCCCGACCCCGGUCCCGGAGCCGCCGCCGGCACAACGACCCCCCCUGAGCCGUCUCUGCCAGGCAUCAUCGUCGAUCCUCACGUACCACCGCAACAGGAUCCUCGACAGGGACGAGCGCUCCGAGCGCUACUGCAAGAUCCCCCUCACGCAAUGGAACCUUGAAAGUCUCCAGUCCGAGCUGGCCGAGAUCCGGAUCCGGGAGACACUCAGCGCCAAUCUCGGAAAUAGCGGCGCGAACAACAAGAAUAACGACAGUGAUCGUGGUCGUGAUCGUGAUCGUGAUCGCGAUGAUGAUGAUGAUGAUGAUGAUGAUGAUGAUAAUCCUCGGCGCAGAGAUUACACCACCAGGGAUGAAGCGGGAAAGGUUAUACUUGACGACGUCGCCACCGCUGCCGGCGCGGCGCGGGUCUUUGGCGGCCAGGCGAAUUAUAAUUGUAAUGGUAAUAAUAAUAACGGCAUCAACAUCAACAUCGGUGGUAACAUGAGCGUCUGGAACAAGCCCUCUUCGAGCCCGAGCCGGCGGAAGGUCGAGGAUUCCGUUUUGCCAUGGUUGGAAGCGAUGCAAGACUGAUUCCUUUUUUCUUUUUCUGUUUUUCAAGAAAUUUUGUUCUUGUUAUAUUUUUUUUUUCUUUUUUCCCCCAAGUCAUAUACUCCAUAUACGACUGAUCUUCUUUCUUUUGGAUGAUAUUACUGGUGUUUAUGAUGAUGUUGAAUUGUUGGAAGAUAUCCCCUCUUUUCUUUUUACAUGUUUUCUGGUAUCUUUUCUCUUUUUUUUUUUUUUUUGGGUCGCGGACGGGGUGGCUGGAUGUGAAUUGGGAUUUCAAUGACGAGUAUGCGUCUGCCUUGGAUAGACACAGGGCCUGCUCGUUUUGUUUCUGCACUUGUUUCUUUGCCUGCUUGUUGAUAUACCCCCCUUCCCCCGUGAUACUCUCUGGCACCACAGUAAUGCUAGACGGUGCAGCUUUGCUAUCUGUGCUUUUUUUAUUUUUUUAUUUUUUUUUUUUUCAAAGUUCUCAACUGGAUCGCCUCUCCAUAUCAAGAACAACUCCGGAUUGUACUAUCACAGAAGAACACGGGGUGGGAAAGAAAAUCAAAAAAGAAUCACAAACCAAGAUUGUUUUUCUUCCUUUUUCUUUUUUUUUUCCCUUCAACAAGCAGGGCUGUUUUAAAAGGGGGGUUUUGCUCAGUUAGGGCUUGGGUGCGUCAUACUGUGAUUGUUUUUAUGACUUACAUGCUUAUUCUACUCUGAAUCUUGGUGUGAGAGUGACAAG